UCUAUCUCUAUCGUCACUCGACCGAAGCAAAUCGACAACCACCCCAUCGACCUUGCUGCCGCUCACCGGGACUUUCACAAUGAAGUUCAUGAAAGUGGGCCGUGUGGCCAUCAUCACCCGUGGCCGUUACGCCGGUAAGAAGGUCGUCAUUGUCCAGCCUAACGAGACUGGCUCCAAGGCGCACCCGUUCCCCUACGCCAUCGUUGCCGGUAUCGAGCGCUACCCCGGCAAGGUCACCCGCCGCAUGGGUAAGAAGAUGGUCGAGAAGCGCAGCCGCAUCAAGCCUUUCAUCAAGGUCGUCAACUUCAACCACCUGAUGCCCACCCGUUACACGCUCGAGCUUGAGGGUCUCAAGGGUGCCGUCUCCACCGACACCUUCAAGGAGGUCUCCCAGCGUGAGGAGUCCAAGAAGACCAUCAAGAAGGCUCUGGAGGACCGCUACACCAGCGGCAAGAACCGCUGGUUCUUCACUCCUCUGCGUUUCUAAACGGGUUAUUUUGGGGCGUUUUGUCAUUUGAGCGCGCAAGGUCUUAGAUGAGGCAAAAGGGCAAAAAAACGCAUCGAGCACACUCGGUUCACGAGCACGGAAUUGAGAUGACGAAUACCAAUGCUGGAGGAAAGAAGCGGGAAUGUAUCGAUGUACAAGUCCAGGACUGGGCCAGUUCUUAGAUGAAGGAGGCCACUCAGAUCUGGCGUCCUUUUGAAACGAAUGGAAAAUAUGAACAAAUUCAAUUUCCCUUUUUUUGUCUGAGCCACAACUUGAAUCUUUGGAUCUGUCGUGUUGACCUAGUUUGCUUGCUUGCUACUAACCUACUUCUGGAUUGCCGAUCAUAUCGUGUUGCGCACAUGACUUUUAAUACCUAUGGUACGGAAGUCUGCCUUAUGACCUUGAACCGAUCUUUCCGAGCCUCUCCCGUGGGGUGUCAUCGUACACCACGCUUCGAUUAGAUAUCUAUGGCGGGUAGUCUUCGCUCUUGGCCGCCCCGCAGCAAAGUACAUGCAUCCGCAUCCCCAGAUCCGUCUCGACUCGAUUCACAAACAAGGGGAAGGGGGCUGGGGCCGGGAAGCAUCCAUACACGCCGACCAUCCAGUCUGGUCCAUCCGCAUAGUCAGUCC